UGCAGAUUCUAGAAGUAAGUCUGCCUGUAUGUAGCAGAUGGGUAGAACCGCAGUAUUUCCCAGGGCUAAUAAAUCUACUGUUAAACAAAAGCAUUAUGGGUUUUGUUUGGUUUUUUUAUAUUAAAAUACCUGUUACUCAGCAACACUCGCAUGGUAGAAAAGAUGUCUGGUGUUACGUGUUGACGGAGUGGUCUCAGAGUAUCUUCUGCAAGAAUAACACGCAGUAACGUUAGGGAGACUCCUUUUUCAGCAGUAGCUUAUAGUCUGGAUGCUGCUCUUUAGGCUAAACCAGAUCAUCCUAACUAAAAUCUAGUGCCAGCAUAUGAACUAUCAUACGAAAAAAGAUUGAUACCUGCCUAAAAUGCUAAAUAAUGAGAAUGUACCUAACCAAUGUGAGUUAGCUCAUGCGCUGACUCAAGACUUGAUCGUUGAAAGUCAGUAGUUCAAGGCAUCAGUAGGUUCUGCAGCAGAAAAAUACCCCAGCGUUUGUGCUGGGCAUUCUCCCUCUGCUGAAAAAGUGAGCAAGUUACAUCAAAGUGAGCAGCUUUGGGGAGAAUCACUCUAGAAUGUUCUCUGAACGUCUGGAUGCGGUUCUUAACUUGCUCCUGUCACUGUGCUGUUACUGGUGUAUAGGCCAUCGGAGUCCUUUGAUAAUUGGGUAUAGACCACUCUCAGCCUCCCCUUUUUUUAUUUUUUAAAUAAUUCUAUGCCUAUGUAGUUACCACUGGUGUAAAUCAGUCUGCAAAUAAAAGUGUAUUUGUAACUUGGGGGUGGAGGCUGACUCUGCAAGAGAUGGUUGAUGAUUCAUUUGAUUUGUUUCUGUCAGCAAAUAACCAAAGUUGAAAUCUUUUCCAAAGACCAGACCAGAAAUUCCUUGUUGCUUGGUGGCUAUACCCUCGUACCUUGGGGUUGCCACAGGAUUAAUUUUAGUGUAGGGGUGGGUGAACAAGCCAGGAGGCUUUUAGAUGGGUCCUUUCCGAAAGAUGUAAAAUUGAGCUUGAGGUGGCUAAACGGAAAUGCCUUCAGUUUGGGGGCUUUCUGAAUAUGCAUAUGUCUCGAGGUCUUCGCAGCAGUUGGUGAGUGUUCAAGAUGUGGCAAGUAUUUUCAUUUAAUUGUAGUUGCAACCAUUAACGUCUGCGUGGCUGCAACAACUGUGUGUGAAAUGGCCAUGAAACUGAACCUGCCUGUCCACCCAAAAACUGGUUUGCUUUAGAGGAGGGAGUGGGUGAAGUACUCCUCUGCAUUCAGGUUGGUAACGCUGAGUUUAAUGAAGCAGGUGUGUUAUUUUCCCUGAUUUUAAAUAUUUCUGCUCUUUACAUCAGAAACGGGUAUGUUCUGAUGAGUGGAUGUCUUCCAUGUACAAACCAUUGUCCCCAUAGAUGAAUGAGCAUUACCAGUUGUCUUGCCUACUACAGAUUUGGAAAAAGAAAAGGCAAGCUAUGAAAGGAGACUGCAAGUACUCACUUGGCAAAAUCGUAGUGCUCAUGAGAACUGGAAAAAGAAAAACCCACAACCCUGAAGUUCUUGUAAUUGGUCAUAAAUUUGAAAUGUUUUGCACACAUCGGGAUAGUUGUAGAUGUUCUUCACCAGAUGGCGUGAGUUCUACAAUUUAGUUUCAGCCAGUUUUAUUGUUCGCACUGGCUGCAGCUACAUGUUACUCGUAUUGCCACACAACGGAGAGCGGGAACUCAUCCCCACAUCCUCAUGAAGGUCAAAAGCCUGUCUAACCCGAACAGGGCAAUUCUGAUUUCUUACUGGUGGCUGUUGAAAAUUAUCCUUACGUAGGUCCUGGUACCAGUCAUAAGACCUGGAAAGUGGAGACACAAAACCAUGUGCAUUUAUUGCAUCUAUUUUAUCCUUUUGCUGUUCUGUUUCUCCCUACCCUUUAAAUUACUAGCCUGAGCAGGUUGAGAGCGCUGAUGUCUUUGAAGACAGUUGCUUCAAGUAUCAGGGUUAGGAAUUGGCUCAGCAUAUUGUCACAGAAGUUCUGGUCUCUAGGAUAAUUUGUUCCUGUUGUAUCGCUUCAAUCCAUGAUGCUCCAACUUGUUUGGCUCAUAAACAGAACCGCUACGGUUUCCAUCUGUUCUGGUGAAAGGACAGUUAAAAAGGAGAAAAAAAUGGCAAGAAGACGGGACCAGAGCAGGGUGGAAAACUGUACUCCGUACAAUGGAUCCUGAAGAGCUGGUGGAAAGGGACAUUUUAAUAGGGCAAGGGACAUGAUAUAGGGUAAGUGAAACAGUGGGGAAGUUUCAUUCUCAGCUUUGGGUGACUUGAAUUUAUGAAAUUUUUGAAGUUACACAGAUGUUUGAGAUACUACCAUCUUCCAAAAACCCAUUUUGGAUUAAUGCGCGCUUCUUGUAGAAAACAGUUGAAAACCCAAAUUUUUUCUACAAAAAGUGCAUGAUGAGAAUUUAUUCUCAAAAAUGAAAUCUUGAAAAUAGUAAACUAUAGAAGGCAAUUCUAGUAAUGAGGUUUGCCAUAUAAAGUUGAAAAAUAAAAAGUUAGUGUGACGUUUCCCCCCAGUCAUCUUUGGCGUGAAGUUCAACUUUAAUGCUGCAAAUACCUCAUUAUUUUCGGUAUUCAAGACAAAUGUAUGUUUACUUCUUUGGGCAACAGCUACAAGUUAAGACCGAGUUUACCAGACGAUAGGAUGCCAGCUGCCACGAGGAGGAAGUCGCCAGGCAAGAUCUUUUUGGUGGAAAAAGUGCUCCAUCAAAUACUAUUAUUUUCAAUGAUGUUGCAGAUGUGUAGCUGAAGACCUGCUUUUCGCGUUCUCUCUUCAAAGUAACAGUGCUAGAAACUACUAAAAAGUUUCUUACCUUGAGAGUAACGAUGCUGCUGGUUCUUAGGAUUUGGUGAGCUGCUGUGCUGAGCCAAAAAAAAAAAGUAGUUUCACACUUGAGUUCUGCAAGCAGCAGCAGGGGCAGGAAGAUGUAAUCACGGAUGUGGGUUCCCGCAAGCUGCUGCACAGGAGAACUGCGCUGGCGGCAGAACUCUCUGCGAUGAAUCCAGAAGAACAAAUUGUAACGUGGCUUAUUUCAUUAGGAGUUUUAAAUUCCCCUAAGAAAAUAGUAGAUGAUCCGCAGGAGUUCCUGAAAACGUCUCUGAAAGAUGGAACCGUGCUUUGUAAGCUCAUUAAUCGACUUCUUCCGGGAUCUGCAGAGAAGUAUUGCCUGGAGCCUAAAAAUGAAGCUGACUGCAUCAGUAAUAUUCAAGAAUUCUUGAAAGGCUGUGCACUCCUUAAAGUGGAGGUGUUUGAUGCACAUGAUUUGUACACCGGAGAACAGUUCUCCAAGGUCCUGAGCACAUUAACAGCUGUAAAUAAAGCUACCGAAGAUCAGCCGUCAAAAGGGCCAUGUUCGCAUCUAUCGUCUCUUAGCUCUGCGGCUGGCGGUCCCCACACUGACUCCAACGGCACAGCUUCACAGUCAGCGAGGGUGUUGAGGAGGCAGUCCAAGCCUGUGGAGAUGACCGAGAAUGGCAGUCAUCAGCUGGUGGUAAAGGCCAGGUUCAAUUUUAAGCAGACCAAUGAGGAUGAACUCUCCGUUAACAAAGGAGACAUUAUUUAUGUCACCCGGGUUGAAGAAGGGGGCUGGUGGGAAGGGACCUUGAAUGGAAAAACAGGCUGGUUCCCAAGCAACUACGUCAGAGAAAUCAAAUCCACCGAUAAACCACUUUCUCCCAAAGCAUUAAAAGGACUUGAAAGCACUCAGCUGACAAAGAAUUAUUACCCUGUGGUGUUGCAAAAUAUUCUGGAAACAGAACGAGAUUAUGCGAAGGAACUACAGUCACUUCUGGGAACUUACUUAAGACCCCUCCAGUCUUAUGAUAAGCUCAGCGCCGUGGACAUCGCGUCAUUGCUGGGAAACGUGGAAGAAAUCUCUGCAUUUCAGCAAACACUGAACCAAGCCUUGGAGGAAGUUGCAAAGCUCCCCGAGAACCAGCAGCGCGUGGGAGGCUGUUUCAUGAACCUGAUGCCCCAGUUCAGGUCCCUGUACCUGACGUACUGUGCUAACCACCCGUCUGCAGUCAACGUCCUCACGCAGCACAGUGAUGAGCUGGAGAAGUUCAUGGAGAGCCAGGGUGCGGCCAACCCAGGCAUCCUCAUCUUAACCACGAGCCUCAGCAAACCCUUCCUGAGGCUGGAUAAAUAUGUGACACUGCUGCAGGAGCUGGAGCGGCACAUGGAGGAGGCGCAUGCAGAUCACGAAGAGGUUUUGAAAGCCAUCGCAUCCUUCAAGUCCCUUGUGUCGCAAUGCCAAGAGCUGAGGAAGAGGAAACAACUGGAACUGCAGAUCCUUUCUGAAUCCAUCCAGCGCUGGGAAGGAGAGGACAUAAAAACGAUGGGGAACAUCAUCUACAUGUCCCAGGUUAUGGUACAGUGCGGGGGAAGUGAGGAGAAAGAAGAGCGAUAUUUCUUGUUGUUUUCAAACGUUUUGCUGAUGCUGUCUGCAAGCCCACGGAUGAGUGGGUUCAUCUAUCAGGGAAAGCUGCCUUUGACGGGAAUGACGCUGACAAAGCUGGAAGAUGCCGAAGGGAACGACCACGUGUUUGAAAUCGCAGGGAACAUGACGGAGCGGAUCACUGUGUCCUGCAGCACCAGCCAGGACCUGCACGAAUGGCUUGACCACUUGCAAAGGUUGACCAAAGGGACGUGCAAUACCGUAUCCAAAACGCAGUCCUGGAGCGCUCACUCGACAUUUAGUUCAGCUGGACAGAUCCGUGGGCCUCUGGAACCCCCAAAAAUCCUCAAGCCCUGGAGCUUGAGCUGCCUCCGUCCUGCUCCUCCACUCAGGCCGUCGGCAGCGCUGAGUUACAAAGAGAGGAUGUCUUAUAUCUUAAAGGAUUCCAGCAAAAGUCCAAAAACAAUGAAGAAGUUUCUUCCAAAAAGGAAAACGGAGAGAAAACCAUCUGAUGAAGAGUUUGUUAUUCGGAAAAGUACGGCUGCGCUGGAAGAAGAUGCUCAGAUCCUGAAGGUGAUCGAGGCGUACUGUACCGGGGCAGGCUUCCAGCAAGCUCUCAGCUCAGGCUCCCGUAAAGACUCCAUCCCCCAAGUCCUUCUUCCCGAGGAAGAGAAAAUCAUCAUAGAGGAAACGCGAAGCAACGGCCAGACCGUCACAGAGGAAAAGAGCCUUGUUGACACGGUUUAUGCACUGAAAGAUGAAGUCAAAGAACUGAAGCAGGAGAACAAAAGGAUGAAACAGUGUUUGGAGGAAGAGCUUAAAUCCAGGAAGGACUUGGAGAAGCUGGUUAGAAGGCUGCUGAAGCAGACCGAUGAGUGUGGCAGGGAGGACAUGGGGCGCAAGUCAUCCCUGAUCGCCUGAAUUCGGGGAGAAGCUGCUGGCAGUGGUGUGUGACCUCAGGUGUUUUUUGGGAAGCAGAACUGGAUCCUUUGCCUCUUCUUGCUCCUUAUUUUGGUGGUUUGGGGAAUUUUGUUACCAAAAAAAAAAA